AUGGCAGCGACGGCGGGACUCCCGCGCUCUUUGGGGCGGGUAAGUUGGGGAAGGGGAGGGGGGCCAAGAGGGAAGGAGACCCGGCGGCCUUUCCCCGCAGCCCAUCCCCAAAUAAAAGGGAAGGGGGCUGCACUUCCGGUAUGGGGGUCACGGUGGUGGGCUCAGUCCUGUCCUUAAAUAGCUCCGGGCGGGAACGUAGCUCCCACGUUAAAAACAACCAAAAAACACCCUCGUAUUGAAGAGCCAAUCGCUUCUCUAAAUCCCUUGCCCAGUUCCUAAACAGAUACUUAUUACCGAUUUCCUUCCAGAUGGGUAUUAGCUUGCUUCUUCCCCAGUCCUUUCCAAGGAGGCACCCCCAACCCCGAUAUUCGCCUGGACACUCACCACCUGGCUCUUCCAAUAACUGUUUUUCAGCCUGGAAAAGAUUGGGAUCAGUAGUAACACGUUACCUAUUUACCCCUCCCUCAAGCCCCAUAUCUCUUCUCCAACACAGGAAAUUUACUGAACUGGAUAGCCCCGCUCCAGCUGGCUUCUCUCCUUCAGUCAAAUAAAUUCCCAAUUUGAUAUUUCCCAAAGGCACAUCACUGCCAAGUUGUUACAAAAUACACUUCUCCCCGCCUCUUGAGAUCUUUUAGUUCUAAAAAGAUGGCUAAAUCUUUUUGUCCUAAAAAUAACACUCUCCUCUGCUAUAUUUCCUUUAAUUCCUCACGAGAAAUUCCUUAGGGCACCCAGAGCAGUACUUUCCCACACCUAAGGUACUGUUCUCAUACUCUUUCUUUUUUUACAAUUUUUGACACAAGGGAUGCUUUGUACAAUAGGAGGAAUAUUGAUUUUUAAGUCUAUGUUGAUGGCUGCCUCCCCCCCCGCCCGGUCUUGCUUGAAAUGGCAUCGAUUUGACCCAUGCAGCUUAUCCCGCUCAAAAUUCCUCCAGGCUUAGGGUAGAUUUUUUCCAAGAACAACUUUAUCCUGCUUCAGUGAGUGGAGUGUUAUGUUCCUCAGCAGUUGUAACUUCCCUGUGAUUUUUAAGAAUGGCAAUAUGCUUAAACGGAAUAAGGAGCAAUUUAAGCGUUCACUACACAGAUAAAACCCUGUGAACUUUAAAAACAACUGCUAACAUUCAGUUUAGGCAUUUCUGAUGCGAAUGUGUUUCUGAUGCUCACUUAAUAGACACUAAAACACGUGGGUUUGGCAGUGGGGUUAUGAAAGUUCAUGCUGGUUAGGAGGAAAUUGUGGAUUCUCUAUCUGUUCCUUGUAAACUCUGCCUGGAAAUAUCAACACCUGGAGCAACCCCAUUUUGUCAUUAUUCUUGUCCUGACCUGCUAUACAAAUCUAGGGGCUGCCCCUCCCUUUGCAGCCACAGUCCCAUGGCAGCAUACCUCCUGCUUUCUUUAUUUAAGUUGGCAUGAUAUUCUCACCUACCUGGAACACUGUGUUCUCUCUUCCGCUUCUUUUUUCUACCGCUCCACCCCUGACUUUCUGACAUGCAUCUUGCGAGAGAGCUGCAACUUCCUGAUAAAUAGAGCUGAUUGUGUUCAGAGGGCUGGAUUGGGUUUCUACUGGAGGAGAGAGAGAGAGAGCAAUUUCAAAGUGUUAUAUUGCUUGUCGGCAAUGAAAAGAGGAACAGUUGCCAAGGCACUGAAAAUUCUGCAAAGGCCAAGAGUUAUGGUUGCCACUACUGCUGAGUUUCUCUCUUCAGUCCCCUGCUGUCAUGCCAAGAGCAGGGAAGUGUCCUUUCUGGUUAUUUUGAGAUCCAACUCAGUUGUUUCUCACUCAUUAACAGAGUAUUCUGCACCCAGGAAAACUAAAUUCAAUGCAAAGGAAACCCAGGAGUUUGGCGUUGCUGGCUGCAGGUUGCAGCAGCCCUGGAUAAGAUGUUCCCUGUUGAGGCCCUCCUCCUGAGUGAGGGGCUUCUUGGCUUUCAUGACACUGCUCCGAGCAGAGAGGAGUGGAUGUAUCUAUCCCCUCCCUUUAUGAACGAUGCUAAUUCAGGGGUACUGUGGGGAAUGUAAAGGGUGGUUAGAUACAGCUGCCUGUCACAGUCGAGAGUGGUGAGUCAUUCAUAUAUAGGGGUGGGGAUUGGGCAGGCAUCAGCAGUGGGCCCUGCCAGGGAACUAGGGUUCUAGCAACUGCCCAUGGGUGCCAGGGAAAUCUUAAGCAUAUGUGCCUCCGGGGUGCAAAGAUCUGCCCAGCGCCCCCAAGUCUGACAAGCGCCUCCGUUGUGAAUGACAAGCGCCCCCGCUUGCGCAGCGCAUCUUAAAUGAGCGUACAAAGUCGAAGGUCCUUUAGUGAAACAGUAGGUAUACAUUUCGGUAAUACCCAGGUACAUACCGUACUUUUCCGUGCAUAAGGCUAGGUUUUUCUCUUUAAAAAUUAUGCUAAAAAGUGUGAGUCAUCUUAUACAUGGAGCCAUCUCCCCCCAUUUUCUUAAAAUCGAGUCCCCCAAAAUAGGGGGUGUCUUAUACAUGGGGGUGUCUUAUACACGGAAAAAUACGGGCAUGUAUUUUGUUUUUCUAGCUUGAUCAAAAUUAUUAUUUCAUAACAGGUAGAUAGUUAAGAGCUUAGGCAGCUUCAGCACUGGGCGCCUGGCACCCCCCCCAGAAUUCGGUACCCGGGUACCCCGCACCCCCGGGUAAACAUGGCUCUGCCAGGUGCUAAUGCUAGCUUUGAAGACCUGGAUGUUGUAGUAGUACCAUUGGCUGAUUGCAGUAGAUCAGCAAGGGCUUCUAACUUCCAGUUGCAGAGCAAGAACAACAAGGCUUUCCUCCUUUAAACUGGAGCUUUAGAACCCCUGAUCUGUAAUAACUGAGAUUUGUACUUGUCUAUGUAGAUAAUCCCAAAGUAUGGCUCAUGGACUGCAGGAGGUAGGUGGUUUCACCUCCUUCAGCCACCAUUUUGCACUUGGUUGGUGCACCUCAGGGUUCAAGUAAAAACAACAGCAAAGUAGAUUGCGCCAGCCUGAUGUCUGCCCAUACCUGCUGUAGAUCAUAGGCCUGAUGGGUGGGCAACCACUGCCACCGUUUUCUUGUUUUGUUUUGUUUAUGCUUCCCUAAGAGAAAAAGAGGAGAGAUGAGAGUAGCCUUAAGGAAAAUUAUAGAGAGAGACAAAGGUGUGCAUAUAUAUAUAUAUAUAUAUAACAAAAACAGUUCCCAUAUUGCCCUAGAUUAAAGGAAGCAACUGCACAUUAAAUCACAUCUUGUUUAGUUUAUAUAUCCUCAGUUCCAUAUGUUUGCUUCAUUGGUAUUCUUUAUUCCGAUCCCAGUAGCUGAGUUCUGCAGAACGUUUAGUUAGGAAUGAGUGGGGAACGAUUAGUUGGUGAGAAAGCAUUCCCGUUUAGAUGUGUCCUGGCUACCAGAAGGUAAAGUGGCUGUGAUUCGGUGGGAGGUUAACUACAAUGGGGAAUAAGGCUAUCAUAGCUACGAGCCAUCAUGCCUAUGUUCUGCUUCCACUGCCUCUGAGUACUAGCUGCUGAGAAUCACAAGUGGACAGGGAGUGCUCUUGCUCUCAGGUCUUGCUUGUGGGCUUCCCAUGGGCAUCUAGGUGGCCACUGUGAGAACAAGAUGUUGGUGCAGAUGGGCCUUUCAUAGCAGGGUUUUUCUUAUGUGCAUGUGAUAUUUCUAUUUCCACAGGUCCAGUCACCGUCUGUUUAAGGUCCUCCCCAUUUUGUUCUUACAACAGCCCAGCGAGGUUUUAGAUUAGGAUGAGAUACAAUCACUAGUCCAAAGCUACCCAGUGACUUCCGUGGCCAAAUCGGGGGUUUGAAAACAGGCCUCUCCAGUCUUUGUCCAACACUCUAAUCCCUACACUGCGCUGAUGAUUCUCAUAAUAUCUCAUAUCCACAUCUGAUGUGAAUCUCCAUGACGGAAAAGCUUGGAAGAGGUAGUAUCAGAUUACCACCUGCUGCUGCCUUGUGUGUGUUUAAGGUGGCUGUUUUUAAAUUAGAUUAUUCAGUGAUUUGUGACAGGGCCUGCAGAAAAAGCCACCUGGCACUGCACAAAAAAGUUAUUUUUUGCAUUUCGAAAAAUUAUAAUCUACUUGAUCAAAAGUCUCCAAGCAGCAUACAGAUAAAUAGUAGAUAAAACCUAAAUCAAAAUCCACCAUUAAAAAAACCCAACCCAAAUAUAUCAUAAUUAUAAAACAAAGACAAAACUUUAAAAACAAAUAUAAGUAACCAAGUUAUAUGUCUGGGUAGGCUUGCUUUUCAGCAUGUGUAUCAAUGUAGUGAGGGCAUCCGGCCAAUGUCAGUGGGGCAGGGAAGGUCUGAGACAGAGAGGACGUUGGUGUAGUGUUGAGAUAGCCAACGUGGUUCCCUCCAGAUGUUGCACUACAAUCCCCCUAAUUCCCAACCAGUAUUGCCCACAGAGUUUAUAGGAGUUGAACUCCAGCAGCAGCUGGAAAGCACCACCCCACUCGCUACCCCUGGUGCGUUGUCUUUCUUUCUCCUCUGGAAUAACUCGUGCCACUGAGGGCAUCGAACUACCACACUUGGCCUUUGGGCACAUCUAUAUAGGUCUGUAAAUCUGGGUAAGGGCACAUUAGGAGAUUUGCCCUUAUUGGGCAGAAGUGCUCCGGAUGGAGACAGCAGGUGGAUGAAAGGUCAAAACUGAGGGCCAAGUGGUAUGGGGAAUCGGGACUGGCAGAGCAGAGACCCACCACAGAAGGAGCCUCCGCUUGACAUACAGUGGUACCUCGGGUUAAGAACUUAAUUCGUUCCGGAGGUCCGUUCUUAACCUGAAACUGUUCUUAACCUGAGGUACCACUUUAGCUAAUGGGGCCUCGCUGCGCCGCUGCUGCACGAUUUCUGUUCUCAUCCUGAAGCAAAGUUCUUAACCCAAGGUACUAUUUCUGGGUUAGUGGAGUCUAUAACCUGAAGUGUCUGUAACCUGAAGUGUCUGUAACCUGAGGUACCACUGUACUGCAAUGGCUUUGAGCAACCUGCCCUUCUUGUUGCUUCUGCUGACCGAUGCUGGCUUCUCUAUUUCACAGGAGUGCAUUAAAACGCUCCCUCUUGUGGUUGUUAUUAAUCUCUCACAAUCCCUCAUUUGCCUCCUAAUCCCCUUAAUUAGAGGUUGACUUAAUGCUCGGAGGCUAGAAUUUCAUGUUUGCUGUCAAGCUAGCUUGCUCUCUGCCACGUGGCUCUUGAGGCCUUCAGCAGUGCGUCCUGGGGUAUCCGAUUUCUCCCAGCGGCCCUUCUCUUUCCCAGAUGAUUUUGUACAUUUAGCUGGCAUAUCAACUGAAUCCCCUGUUUUGCCUUAAUUUGUUCAGGGCCUGCCUCCUCUGUCACGUAAAGCAAAGGGAAGCAAGGAAAGGGGUGUUAAGAAGCUGAAGGCAAAGCAGAUACUGUGGUUGAGGGAACUAGUGCAGAGCAUAAUAAACGGGCUGGGAGACCAUUUUUCAGAUGGCAAACUGAGGCCAAGAGCUAGUGAUGUGUCUCUGUGACUGAGGUAGAGUUUCAGCUCAAGUUUCCUGGGCCCACAAGCUACCCACACAGGAUUGUAAUGCUUGUGGAAGUUGAAUGCUGGAAGAAUUGGGGCACACAAAGGAAAGAAGUCCUUCACACAGGGCAUAGUUAAACAAUGGAAUGUGCUUCCACGAGAGGUAGCAAUGGCCGCCCACUUGGAUGGCUUAAAAAGAGCAUUAGACAGGUUUAACAAGACCAAUAGUGAGUCCAGCGGCCAAGAAGGCGGUUUCUGCAUGUGCUGUAGAGGGAAGUGAGGGCUUGCGAACCUGGGAAGGUAGCCCAUCUAGGAGAAGGAAAGCUCUCAUUCUAAACCUCUGCUGCCUUGUGGGGAUAUCUGUGGGAGAAGAAAAGGCUAAGGAGUAAACCCUACACAAACCAGACUGGAUUCCCUAAGACGGUUGGACAGUACCUUGUAGGCCUCCUUCUGGCAACUCCUGCAGCCAAGCUGGUGCCAAAUGUAUUGCUCUGCUUCCCUUUGGACUGUCUCUUGAGACAGACGGAUGCCAGCAACAACACCUAAGGCCAGCAAUGGCCGCUAGCCAGGAUGGGUAUGUUCUGAAUAAGUGGAGAGCAUGUGCUGUUGCCCUCAGGUCCUGCUUGCAGGCUUCCCAGAGGCACUGUGGGAACAGGAUCCUGGAUGGGCCACUGGCCUGAUCCAGGAGGACUCCUCUUAUGGAACUAUAUGUCACCACCUGCCACCUCUCACUGCCCCCUUUACAUGCUGCUAUUCUGUUGGCUCAGCCCCCAUUUCUUAGAGUGAUAAGGUGGAAUCUUUCACGCUUAGUCUUGUCCUAUUGUUCCUCCAAGGAAAGCGGAAUUCUCUGGGCCUGCAUUGGCUUUGAUCCCAGGCACCCAUUUAGAAGAAAGAAACUGGUUCAGUCAGCCUCAGGGUUAUAUUCCAGCCUUAGCAGGUUUCUUGCUUGAGGGCGGGCUCUUAUCUGGACUGGAAUGCAAGGGCUUAAGAAUUCUGUCUUCCAUUCAAAUUUGCACAACUUUCUAGUCCUUGUAGUUUUGGAGAAAAAUGCAUUUUCCUUAGCUCUAUGUAUUUUCCCGUAUGAAAAAGCAAGGCAAAACAAAACAAAACAACUUAGCCCAAUCUGAGGAUUUCAAAAUUUAAAAACUGGUUUUGGGAAAACAGAAUGAUGUAGGCAAAGUAAGGAGAUGCAUGCAGAUAUAUUUCAUUUGCAUAAAUGAGGCUAAUUACUGAUUUUUGCAUGUGCAAAAUUUGAAUACUUUGGGGAUAGUGUACACACAGUCGAAGAAGUAUACUGGCUAAAGGCUGAAACAUUUUAUGGACCUUUCUAAAUAGCCAUUUACCUGAUCACCAGUGAACUGGACUCCCUUCCAGAAAAGGGAAGUGUCUGUAAACACAGAGCUGGUCAUUUCAGGUCAUCAAUGUAAAUGGUAUAUAUGUGCUGUAAAGGUUUUCCAAGGUUCUUUGCCUCUUGCUGCCCCCUGCUGUUGGAAUUGUUUUCUGCAUCCAUUUAAACAACCUUUUCCCAGAUUGCAAAAUCUGCUAACUACACAUUGUCUGGAAGCCUGUUGAUGCUUAACACCCAGUGCACCCUGCGCUCACAGUCGCUGCCUUUUCUUUUUCUGAGCCUGUGCACCUUUAAAAUAGGUAUCUUGCAGGCAGAAAUUCAGUAGGCAUUUCCCUCGCAGCAUUGCAUUUUUGUGCCUGAAGAUCUGUUGAAUUUCUUCCAGGCACACAACUGAAAAAUGCACAGCAGCUCUAUCAUGGGGAGCGGGAGGCAGAUAUUCAGUCCACAAGACUCCCUGUCAUCACCCAUAACAGUGAAAUGUCUUUCCAGCAGAAGGAAAACCGGAAAUAAAUAGUUUGUAUUACUUUGAGCCUCCUCCCACCCUAUGUGGAGUCCUUGCUUAUCCUAAGUAUGAAAUCCUAGAGCCCAGGUCCACUUAAAACCCAUUCUUCUUCCACUAAAUACUGGGGUCCCAGCUUCCAGGCCGUUCUGCAGUUACCGGUUUUAAACCCCAACCCUAUCUUUGGGCCCCUGGGGAAAUGAGUUGGGGAAAUGACCAUUGCUCAGUGGUAGAGCACAUUGUGAAAGGGCCCAGUUCAGUUCCUGGCAUUGCCAAUUCAACUGGGCCCUAUGGGGGUGAGGAGAAGGCAGGGGGAAAGACUUCUGUGUCCAACACCCCAGGGAGCCACCACCAGUAGGACCACGCAGCGCUGGAGUGGAUGGAGAAAGAAUCUGACCAGCUUCCCACAUUCCUCCAAGAACCCUUCUUUAGAACCACUCUAUGGCACCCGUGGUCCAACCUGCCCCCUCAAGAUGUUUUGGAUUGUAACUCCAAUCAUGCUGCCCGGGGAUGAUGGGAGUUGUGGUUCAAAACAUCUUGAUGGAGGCAGCUUGCAACAAGGCUGGCUCACAAGUAAUAGGCUCUGCCCUAUUACUUUGCGUUUGGCCUGACCCCUGAGCUGCCGUUAUGUUGUCUGGCUCUGGUUGGCGAAACUGUAUAUUCCAGCAGAGAGAAUAGAAGCAAGCCUGUUCACAAGCCUGGAGUCUCCUGCUCACUGGCCUGGUUGCCUCGGCCUCCCUGUCCCCAAAACGAAGUCGUUCUCCUUGGUGCCAGCUUCUAAAAUCUACCCCAGCUUUUAAUGCUGUGAUCUCUAGGUUUUGUCAACGCAUAGGCUCUCUUGCUGGCAGUGCUUGCAUGUGAAAUUUCUAUCCAGCUGGAGCCAGCGCUGUAUAAGAGUUAGAGUGUAAGACUUUGGCCAGGGAGAUCCAGAGUUCAGAUUCCCCCUCGGCCAUGAAGCUUGUUAAGUAACCUUUGACCAGCUGUUCUCUCUCCCCCCCCCCCCAGCUUCAUGUGGCUUAUGGGGUGGGGGCCAUAACCUACUCCACAUCUGCCAUACUAAGCUAAUGGAAGGCCAAGAUACAGAUGCAUUUUAAUAUUCAUCCAGGUUCUUCUAAAGUACAGUGCUACCUCGGGUUAAGAACUUAAUUGGUUCCGGAGGUCCGUUCUUAACCUGAAGCACCAUUUUAGCUAAUGGGGCCUCCCGCUGCUGCUGUGCAAUUUCUGUUCUCAUCCUGAAGCAAAGUACUUAACCUGAAGCACUACUUCUGGGUUAGCGGAGUCUUCUGUAACCUGAAGCGUCUGUAACCUGAAGCGUAUGUAACCCGAGGUACCACUGUACCUCGGGUUACAGACACUUCAGGUUACAGACUCCGCUAACCCAGAAAUAGUACCUUGGGUUAAGAACUUUGUUUCAGGAUGAGAACACAAAUCGUGCGGUGGCAGCGGGAGGCCCCAUUAGCUAAAAUGGUGCAUCAGGUUAAGAAUGGUUUCAGGUUAGGAACGGACCUCCAGAACGAAUUAAGUUCUUAACCCGAGGUACCACUGUACUUUCCCCCCAGGAGCUCACAUCACUCUUAAGCGUGGUGUCUUUCCUUUCCUUUCCCUGAGUUGGGGAGGAAAGCAGAGUCUCCUGCCAACCUUCUGAAAGCUGUCACUUCAUAAAUCAUCACAAUUCAUUGCAAGCAGCUCACACCGUCAGGCCUGAUCAAGAACUCUGUGUGGCUUCAAACCUUGCAUAUUCUUACAGAAGCUGGCUCACUAGGAAAGGGUUUCCCUGCUCCCCUUUCCAGCCCAUGGGAUCCACUAUCUCCCUGUUCCUCACUUCCCAGUGAAUUGCAUGAUUUCCAGUUAAGGGUAGAGGACGGGAGGAGAGGAUCCAAACCACCUUAACGCCCAUAUUCAUGCAAGCUUACCUUUUUAAAUCUUCCCCCUUUUCUUCACCAAGAAGAGCUGUGCUUUCUCCGUGCUUUGAAAGAAAAUAGUAUUUUAAAAGAAUCUUGCCGUACCAGUGAUCUCUGCCGCUCUUUGUUCCUGCUGCUUUCCACCCUGGACUGCUGUGAUGCAACAGGGGCUGAAGUUCAACUCUGGGAAUUCCUCCCCCCCCCCCAAAAAAAAAGAAGAUAGAAAGGAGGGGAAGGAGUGGGAGACUUGUUCCUGCCUCUGAUUGGGGAAUGGCUUCCUCACAAAUGGAAAUUGCAGUGUUCCCACGCUCAGAUCACCAGCCUUUUGUGCUCCCUUUGCUGAGCCUGGCAAUGAAGGCAGCACUUUUGAAAGCCGUGGCACUGGUUGCCAAUGUAGCAGCAGCAGCAGAAAGCAGGCGUAGAGCAGGGCAAGAUCUCUCUCUCUCACAUACCCAACCAGGGAUGUCAGCCGCUUAGCUCCCCCGAAGGCCCCUGGUGUUUGCAGAUUACACAUUAACUGAAUCUGUUUGUUCAUGGCGAAUGAGUGAUUAGAGAAGUUGGGUUAGCAGCAAGUCCUGGGCUGAGGCUGCCUGGCUUGUUUGUUCUUUUUAAUCCUGAGGCAGAAGACCCAGCAGCAUGACCAGGAGGGUGCUUGUGGUGUCUCUGAAUGAGUCCCUGCUCUGGGCUUUCCUCUUCCUAACAAGAGACACACACUCUCAUAUGAGAGCAUAAGAGUUUCCUUGAGCCUGGUCAUGGGUCCGCCUUAGCUACAGGACUUUGAUUGGCAGCAGCUCUCUGAAGAUCCCAGUAGAGCAGGGGUCGGCAACCUAAGGCCCAUGGGCCACAAGCGGCGCACGGGGGUCGUUUAGCCGGCCUAUGAGCCACCCCCGAACGGAGCCACCCGCUUGGCGAGUCCCCACAUGCUGCACUAAACCAGUGCGGUGCAGGGACUCGCUUCUGCAGCGCCGGAAAUUGCACAUGCGCAAUGCUGGAAAUUGUGUUUGUGUGCACGCAGGCAUGCGCGUGCAAUCCGGCCCACAGAGGGAUCUCAGCUGGAGUGAACCGGCCCAGGCGAGGUAAACCUUGCCAACCCCUGCAAUAGAGACUUUUCUCAGCCCUGCUUUCUGAUGGUCUUUUUGGUUAGGGUUUGGAACCAGGGUGGGGUGGAAACCCAUAAGUCCCCCCGGAUGUUGUCAGACUCCAACUCCUAUCAGUCCCAGCCAGUAUGGGCGAUGGACACUGUGUUUUCUCAGGAAUGAAUACCUCUGGAUUAACAUUCACUAGGCAUGCUCCUGCUGCAGCUGCUGAGCCAGGGGCAGGGUAAGAGUUAGGGCAGAGUGAAGACUUGUCCUCCAGAAUGGGAUGUGUGAGACCCAGUAGCUCGGUCCUGCUCUCUUGCCUCAGAGAACAGUGCUGGGAGCUUUGGCCUACUAGGCAGAGGCUGAAGACCAAGGAGGAGGACAGGAAAUGCCACCUGGAUUGUCCUGGCAUUGCAGAGGCCCUGUGUUGAUUCUAUUCCUGAUACCAGACUUGACUGUGGUUUUUUUAGUAGCAGGACCUAUAACCAUGAUCUAGGGCUGCAGAACCAAAGGGAGGCGUACUCUGCCACCAGCCAGGGCACUGCUGGCCACUGAGGAGCUGCACCCACUGCCCCACCCACUGGCCCCGUCCAUUAGUCAGAGAAGGACCAGCUGCCCCAGGGAUUGAUUUCCUCUUCCCUCCUCAUUCCCUUAUCCUUUUGUAUUGUUAUUUGUUACUACAGGUCAGUGGAACCUGCAGGCGGGGGCUGCCUUCUCUUUUAAUAUAUGCACAGCGCUUAGAAAAUUCUAUGUGUUUUCUAUGUGUUAAAUAAUACUAUUACAGUGGUACCUCGGGUUAAGAACUUAAUUCGUUCCGGAGGUCCGUUCUUAACUUGCAACUGUUCUUAACCUGAAGCACCACUUUAGCUAAUGGGGCCUCCCGCUGCCGCCGCACGAUUUCUGUUCUCAUCCUGAAGCAAAGUUCUUAACCCGAGGUAAUAUUUCUGGGUUAGCGGAGUCUGUAACCUGAAGCGUCUGUAACCUGAGGUACCACUGUAUAGGGACAGGCUUUAAUGCCAGUUCUUAGCCCUUUUCCAUCUUGCCUUCUAGGUUUUGAGAGGGAGGACCAGCGAUGCGCUAAUUUCUCUUCUCGGUCCCCAGAGAUUUUUAAGCACCACGUUCAAGGUGAGGAAACUUGCGGGCUCAUGAACUCCUAAUCUGGGGGGAAUCUGAGCUAGGAAGAUGUGGGUUGGAUCCGAACCCUCGCAGGGGGAGAUCCCACCUUUUAGUUUGAUAUUGAAAAAGCAAAUUCCUAGCCCUCAUGGAGGCCUGACUGAUGAACGGUCCCUGUUUCUUGUUUUGUUUCAAAACCAGGCCUCGGACCUCCAGAUUGAAUUGAACAAGCACCCAAAGUCCAAACCGGACCCCAAGGACCUGGUCUUUGGCAAGUAUUUCACUGACCACAUGCUCAUGAUAGAAUGGAGCCAAGAGAAAGGCUGGGGGAAGCCACACAUCAAACCGUUCCAGAAUCUCUCGCUGCAUCCAGCCUCUUCUGCCCUGCACUACUCAGUGGAGGUAACUGCUUCCUAUAUAAAAAGAGUCUCCGCUGUCAGUUUCACUAGGUAAUAAUAAUAAUAAUAAUAAUAAAUUUUAUUUAUACCCCGCCCUCCCCAGCCAAGACCGGGCUCAGGGCGGCUAACAACCAAUAAUAAAAACAAGUUGAUUAAAAUACAAUUUAAAAACAAGAUUAAAAGACAACAUUAAAACAUUAAGGCAGAGUCUCUAAAUAGCUUGUUUCUUCCAUACGACUCUUUUCUCUCUCUCCCAUCUAGCUCUUUGAGGGGAUGAAGGCAUUCCGGGGCCCAGACAAGCGCAUCCAACUUUUCCGUCCCAUGAUGAACAUGAACCGCAUGUUACGUUCUGCGCUCCGUACUUCCCUGCCGGUGGGUACUUCCGGUGAGGCGGCCCCUUGCCUCCCUCUCCUGCAGGAACUGUGGGUUGCUGCAUCUUAAGCCUUCUUCAGAUAUGCCCCCCCCCCACAAGUGGUGCUGCAAGGUUUGGGGGCUGAGACCCAGGCCCUCCCCCCCGCUCAUCCUCGGGUCCCUGAACACAGCAGGACUGCCUUGCCACCUCAAAGGGAUGCCCAGAUUGCUGAGCCUGGCAUCUGCAUUGACCCAACCGCCCCAGGGCAAAGCCUGAACUUACACUACUUGCAUUCAGCUCGCCCUCUCCCUUUUCUGUCCUCGGCACAAACAGCGAUGCAGCCUCUUUCUCCGCACAGGGUGCGAGCGUAUUCAUAGAAGUGGCCCUCCAGGGUUUUUACCUGGGGAAUCCAGGACUUGAACUCGGGACCUUCUGCAUGCAGGGCAAGAUGCUCUGCCGUUGGGCUGCAGCCCUAAAGCGUCUUUCUGUGGGAGUGGGGAAAGAGGCUCGCCUUGAGACUCUAGGGGUCCCGAAAGGAGAAGGGGAAACAGCAUCACCGGUCUUACUUGCUCUUUCCCAACCCCUCCCUUCUGCACAACAGCCCUUCGACAAGUCUGAGCUUCUCGAAUGCAUCCGGCGGCUGAUCCACCUGGACCAAGACUGGGUCCCACACGCCGAAGCCACCAGCCUCUACAUCCGCCCCACCUUCAUCGGCACUGAGGUGUGUUUCCCGAGCCCACCUCCCCGCUCUUUUAAGUAUACCUUGGAAGUCAAGCGGAAUCCGUUCCAGAAGUCCGUUCGACUUCUAAAACAUUCAGAAACCAAAGUUCGGCUUCUGAUUGGCUGCAGGAAGCUCCUGCAGCCAAUCGGAAGCCGCGGAAUGUGGGGACGUUUAUAUAAUUUAGCAGAGUUUAAACCAUCCCCUGUUUGAGUUUAUGCAGCGAUAAACAGAUUGCUAACCGUUUGAGUCCUAUAAAUAAUUAUACCUUCCUGGAUGAUAAUCCCUUUCUGUCCCUUUUAAUGAAAACACACAUGAAUCUGAAUCAUAUUAACAUAAACUACUUUACUAUCAGAUUCAUUCAGGUUUGCAGAGUUGUUCCUGAAGGCAGGCUUAGGUUACAUAACAGAUAAACUAUAUACUAGAUAGUAGUGAGUCAUGAGAAGACGGCAUCCGGGCAGUUACCAGUUAACACUCCUUGCAGCAACCGACCAACUGCCAAAACUGCCUGCCCCAUAGAGGCAGUUAGUCCUCUCGAAAUGUUGGACUUGACUGACAGCUUUAUAUCCCACACGGAAGCCCCGUCAGACAUUCGGCUUCCAAAAGAAUAUUCAAAAACUGGAACACUCCAGGGUUUGAUCGUUUGGGAGCCAAAACGUUCAAGAAAUAGGCUGUUCGAAUUCCAAGGUAUGACUGUUUUUUUUAAUUGAGAAAGAGGGUGUAUCCCUCUCUUCUGCUAGAAAGGCUCCCUCAGCGGCUUACAGGCAGUCAAAACAAGGCAGUCUCUACCCACAGCCCCCCCAAAAGGCCACAGCACCCCAGGGAAAAGGGGGAGGGGGAAAUCAAAACUCAGGCACCCCCAGUUUCUAAACAGUGGUUCCUAGAUUGGCCACGUGGCGUAGUUUGGGGCAGGAGGUGCCUGAUGGAGCGAGGCCAUCAAACCUGAUGGAAUGUGCCCUGAUUCCUGUUCCUCCCACGGAGGCAGCCUGAUGGAAUGGUGACUGUUGAGGGAACAGGAGGGAGGCUUGAUGGAGCUGGCGUGUCGCAGCAGAGCCGAUGGAGGGUAUUGCUCGACUGCCAAUCAGGGGAGUCUGGUUCAUUGAGGGCGCACCAUCCUCAGUCCGCCAUCUUACAAGCAGCCCAGCCUCUUGGCGUCCUCCUUCUCAGGGUCACCCUUGAGGGAGGAGCAGCGGGAAGAGGAUGGGGACAGAACCAGAAUGAGGUGGCUGCACCUGCCAUUGGCUCUCGUUGACUCUGACUCCGUCCCCUGCGGGGCUGCCCUUCUCCCCACUCUGCCCAUUUCAAUGGCCGCCAGCCAACGCCUGUGCCAACACCUUGCUCUCUCCCUCUCCACAGCCCUCCUUGGGGGUCGCCAAGUCCAGGCAUGCCUUGCUCUACGUGAUCCUGGGCCCCGUGGGAGCCUAUUUCGCUACCGGCACCUUCAGUCCCGUUUCCCUACUGGCCGACCCUCGCUUUGUCCGUGCCUGGAUGGGCGGCGUGGGGGACUGCAAGGUGGGCGGGUGAGUACGGCUUCUGUUUCAACAGGUACGGCAGCAGGAUGGUCUCCAGCCCAACGCUGCUGAAUCCAGGGGCAACCAAUGUGGUGGCCUCCGGGUCUUGAUGGACUGCAACUCCCAUCAGGCCCUGACAGCCUGGCUAAUGGUCGGGAGAGAUGGGAGUUGUAUUCCAGUAGCAUCUGCACUGCGUUGGCUACUUCUGUCUAGCCCGACUGGCAGUGGAUAUCCAAGAUCUCAGGAAGAGAGAGAAAAGGGAGCUUAUUUCCCAGGUGUUUUGAAAUAAUUUAAUUGGAAAUGCCAAGGACUUCACUAGGCCUGGGUGAUAUAUCGCCCAGGACCAGUAUGAGGAGCGGACCGCCAUGUCUGCUUCACUCAGCGAUAUAUCGCUGGUGAAACCGCCACCGCUCCUGAGUCCCUCUGCUAGCAGCGUCCGCUGGAGGGAGUCAAGAGUUCCUUCCUCCAGUGGGUGCUGCUAGCAGAGGGAACCAGGAGAGGCAGCAGUUUCACCAACGAUACAUUGCUGGGUGAAACCGCCAUUGCACUCUGCCCUCACUCGAUGCAGAGGGAGAAACAAGCUUAAUAAUAAUAACAAUAAUAACAAUAAUUUAUUAUUUAUACCCCGGCCAUCUGGCUGGGCUUCCCCAUCCACUCUGGGCGGAUUUUAACAAAAUAUUAAAAUACAGUAAUGCAUCAAACAUUAAAAGCUUUCCUAAACAGGGCUGCCUUCAGAUGUCUUCUAAAAGUCUGGUAGUUGUUCAGUUCUCUUUGACAUCUGGUGGGAGGGUGUUCCACAGGGCAGGUGCCACUACCGAGAAGGCCCUCUGCCUGGUUCCCUGUUACUUAGCUUCUCGCAGUGAGGGAACUGCCAGAAGGCCCUCAGCGCUGGACCUCAGCUGAAUGAUGAGGGUGGAGAUGCUCCUUCAGAUAUACUGGACUGAGGCCGUUUAGGGCUUUAAAGGUCAGCACCAACACUUUGAAUUGUGCUCAGAAACGUACUGGGAGCCAAUGUAGGUCUUACACUGCAAUGUUGAAAAGCUGAUAUCCCCCAGCUCUAGACUUCAGCUAGGACUCUCUUACCUGCGCCUGUAUGAGCCUCCUCCAUCACUGGAUUGGGGAAAGCUGGUCCCCACUCUCUUAAGCUGACAUUUGAACAGCUGAGGCUCUUUUUAUCACUGUCACUGAGCAAAAUUAUUUUUGCAUGUUGUUGUGAUUUGCAUUUUUAUCUUUUAUGGCUUUGCGAACUGCCCUCGGCGGGUACUUUGCCCUGAACGGCAGUAUAAAAUUACUCACAUAAAUAAGUGUAAUGGGGUUUUCUCUGAGAGCUGUGGCCUGCCUUCCCCACACCUUCAAAGAGAGGGUCGACUCGGUACUCUCUGCUGCCUGCAGAUGCCUUUUUUUAAAAAAAAUCUGAUGGUGGAAUCCUGCCUUGCUCUUGUGUUGCCCUUAGCAACUACGGCCCCACCAUUUACGUGCAGAUGGAGGCCGCCAAAGAAGGUUGCCAGCAGGUUCUCUGGCUCUACGGGGACGACCACCAGAUCACAGAAGUCGGGACUAUGAACAUCUUCGUGCUUUGGAAAGACCAGCAGGGAGGUGAGGAACUGGGUCCCUGAGUUGUCGGGAGCUGCGAUUCUCAGCAAUGGGGGUACUGAGACUCACUGCCUCCGAGAGUGGAGGCAAAUAACUUGAAUGAAAUAAAAUAAAUGCAGCAUUGGCUGGUCUAUUAGGGCAUGUGGGAUGACACUGCUGCAUCGAUCUCCAUCGGCAGUCCAGGGGGUGGCAGGGCCUGCCAGCUUCCUGCUCUUUGCAUCAGCCUUGUCCUUGUAGAACUCGGCAGGGAGGAAGGAGGUGGGAACAGAACUAGCCUUUCUUGGCCCUGCCCCUCAUUGUCUCUGGCUCCGCCUCUCGUUGCCUUUGGCUCCACCUCCUCUUAGUCUCCUUGCCUUCUGCUGUAUGACUUCCGAUGCGCACCAGCCACCACUUAGUAAAAAAUAUUUGAAUGAUGCCCUGUAUGUGAAGGAAAAGGGAAUGCCUCUCCUAAAGCAGGUGCUUCCGUGGACAUAUGAAUGCUUCAUUCAGAAGCAAAGUAUAUUUCUUUUCCCUUUAGAUGUAUUUUUCUGUAUGUUUCAAAUGCAAAUUUAUGCCGAUGAAAUCUGAUUAAUCAGCUAAAACUCAUAUGUUCAGUCAAGCAGGGUUUCUUUAAUCGGGUGUCAGCUCUAGCUUUUCUUUCCUUUUUUUAAAAGAAAGAAUUUGGACUAUUAUUUUAAAAUUUUGCAAACUGACAUAACCCCUCCCCCAAAAAAGACGAGUCCACAGUUAAUGCUGCCAUUGCAUUACGACACGUUGGAAGAAAAUUAAAAGCAUAAGUAAAGGUAAAACAAUUUGCGUCAGCUAUUACCUCGUCAUAUUUAUGGAGAAAAUAAAUGAAUGCAGGAUUCUUUUUUCUGAACCUUUUCUUUACUAAGUGCAAUCCAGGUAGAUAAUUCUGUCGGAAUUCAAGCCUAUAUCAGCUGUAACUGGGAACUCUCCAGGCACCCGGCUUGAUUUCUUGUUGACCUCCCUGUCUGCAUUCCCCAGCAAGAUCCAGGCUAGGUCGCAAUAGGCGAUUCUAGAAGAACACCCUCCCUCUUUCUUGUCUCCCCCCCCCCCCGGCAGGGGAAAGAGAUAGACAGAAACGUAUUUACAUGCCUUUAUUUCUGUCUUUGCAGCGUUACAAAAAACAUGACUGCUCUCUUCAAGCUCCAGCAGUCGAGUGACAAACACUUCCUGUACUUCCUGUACAGGAACAAUAGGAAGAACUCAUAUUACACUCUGAGCUAAUUCCGGUGCUUCGCACUGUGAAUUGACUGUCCCUCUGUCUCCCACGGAACAGUCCCAACAUUCCAUCAUGUGAUGUUUUCAAGCUAGCAGCUCGCAGCUGCAUUGCUUCUAUAUCGUAACAAAUUCCGCCCCGUCCCCCUCAGAUUUUGUUCCUCUUUUGAUCUUGUUUGUGGUUUAUGAAGUGUCUAAAUGUGUUGGCUCACAUUCAUGGCAGCUUGGUAUGUGUUGAACCUGCACCAUUUAAAAGCAAAAGACACACAGUCUUCUCUAUAUUGUUGUUGAAAAACCAUUACCUUCUAUGGCUUUUUGGCUUUUCAUCCACCUCUUCGGCUUCUGACAAUUCAACAUGUGUUGCCCACGCAGUUUAAAGUAUGUUAUCUUUGAAGUUAUGAGGAUGAGAAAAUUGGAUAUUAACAAACAAACAAACAAAAUUGUAGGGAGUUGAGCGCUCUCUGUGUGUGCAUGUUUUCUGCAUGUUUGUCACUGGUUCCUCCCCUUCUAGAUCUGGAGCUGGUCACCCCUCCUCUGAAUGGAAUCAUCCUGCCCGGUGUGAUACGGCAAAGCCUUCUAGAUCUGGCACGCGAAUGGGUGAGUUUGGAGAAAACAGGAGACUUUUGAUAGUUCUGGAAUGGACCUGAGGGUGAGUGGCGGAUUUGCAAGCUGGAAUUUUGCAGCAAAAAUCUUUUUUUGCUUUCUCCAGAUUAUCUUUCAACACACCCACAACGCCGUUAGAAAGGAGGGGAGAACAAUGCAUUUUGUUGAAUGAGCUAAGUUAGAGAAGCAUUUGAAACUGCCUUGUAGGGAGUCAGGCCGCUGGCCCACCUAGCUUAAGAUUGGCUGCACUGACUUGGCAGCAGGGUUUCAAAGUAGGGCACUCUCCCAGCCCGUGUUAGGAACUGAGAUAUGAAAGCUAGGAGCUAAAUGGAACAUUAAACCAAGGUUGUGGGCGCAAAAACGGAAUGCCUAGGUGCGCUUUUUUUAUAUAUACCGUAUUUUUCGCUCCAUAAGACGCACUUUUUUACUCUUAAAAAGUAAGGGCAAAUGUCUGUGCGUCUUAUGGAGCGAAUGCGUGGUCCCUGGAGCCAAAUUGCUGGAGUGUGGCACGUUCUUGGGCUGCUCUUUGGUGGGGGGGGGGCGCGCGCUGCUCUGCCGGCAGCCUCGGCUUCCCCCUGCAGCCCCGGGAAGCUUUGGAGCAGUGGGAGGGCUGUGCGCCCAUGCCCCGCGCUCCUGGGCUGCUGAAUGGGGGUGGGGGUGCUGUUCCCCCAGCAGCCUGCCCUUUGCCCUCAAGCUUUGGAGCAGCAGUCAGCCUGCCCCACACUCCUGGGCUGCUGAAUGGGGGUGGGGGGUGCUGUUCUGCCAGCAGCCUGCCCUUUCCCUCAAUUCUUGGGCAGCAGUCAGCCUGCCCCACGCUCCUGGGCUGCUGAAUGGGGUGGGGUGCUGUUCCCAGCAGCCUGCCCUUUCCUUCAAUUUUGGAGCAGCAGUCAGCCUGCCCCACACUCCUGGGCUGCUGAAUGGGGGUGGGGGUGCUGUUCCCCCAGCAGCCUGCCCUUUCCCCUCAAGCUUUGGAGCAGCAGUCAGCCUGCCCCACGCUCCUGGGCUGCUGAAUGGGGGUGGGGGGUGCUGUUCCCCCAGCAGCCUGCCCUUUCCCCUCAAGCUUUGGAGCAGCAGUCAGCCUGCCCCACGCUCCUGGGCUGCUGAAUGGGGGUGGGGGUGCUGUUCCCCCAGCAGCCUGCCCUUUCCCCUCAAGCUUUGGAGCAGCAGUCAGCCUGCCCCACACUCCUGGGCUGCUGAAUGGGGGUGGGGGUGCUGUUCCCCCAGCAGCCUGCCCUUUCCCCUCAAGCUUUGGAGCAGCAGUCAGCCUGCCCCACGCUCCUGGGCUGCUGAAUGGGGGUGGGGGUGCUGUUCCCCCAGCAGCCUGCCCUUUGCCCUCAAGCUUUGGAGCAGCAGUCAGCCUGCCCCACACUCCUGGGCUGCUGAAUGGGGGUGGGGGGUGAUGUUCUGCCAGCAGCCUGCCCUUUCCCCUCAAUUCUUGGAGCAGCAGUCAGCCUGCCCCACGCUCCUGGGCUGCUGAAUGGGGGUGGGGGUGCUGUUCCCCCAGCAGCCUGCCCUUUCCCUUCAAUUUUUGGAGCAGCAGUCAGCCUGCCCCACACUCCUGGGCUGCUGAAUGGGGGUGGGGGUGCUGUUCCCCCAGCAGCCUGCCCUUUGCCCUCAAGCUUUGGAGCAGCAGUCAGCCUGCCCCACACUCCUGGGCUGCUGAAUGGGGGUGGGGGGUGCUGUUCUGCCAUCAGCCUGCCCUUUCCCCUCAAGAUUUGGAGCAGCAGUCAGCCUGCCCCACACUCCUGGGCUGCUGAAUGGGGGUGGGGGUGCUGUUCCCCCAGCAGCCUGCCCUUUGCCCUCAAGCUUUGGAGCAGCAGUCAGCCUGCCCCACACUCCUGGGCUGCUGAAUGGGGGUGGGGGGUGCUGUUCUGCCAGCAGCCUGCCCUUUCCCUUCAAUUUUUGGAGCAGCGGUCAGCCUGCCCCACACUCCUGGGCUGCUGAAUGGGGGUGGGGGGUGCUGUUCUGCCAGCAGCCUGCCCUUUGCCCUCAAGCUUUGGAGCAGCGGUCAGCCUGCCCCACACUCCUGGGCUGCUGAAUGGGGGUGGGGGGUGCUGUUCUGCCAGCAGCCUGCCCUUUGCCCUCAAGCUUUGGAGCAGCAGUCAGCCUGCCCCACACUCCUGGGCUGCUGAAUGGGGGUGGGGGUGCUGUUCCCCCAGCAGCCUGCCCUUUCCCCUCAAGAUUUGGAGCAGCAGUCAGCCUGCCCCACACUCCUGGUCUGCUGAAUGGGGGUUGGGUGCUGUUCUGCCAGCAGCCUGCCCUUUGCCCUCAAGCUUUGGAGCAGCAGUCAGCCUGCCCCACGCUCCUGGGCUGCUGAAUGGGGGUGGGGGGUGCUGUUCUGCCAUCAGCCUGCCCUUUCCCCUCAAGAUUUGGAGCAGCAGUCAGCCUGCCCCACACUCCUGGGCUGCUGAAUGGGGGUGGGGGUGCUGUUCCCCCAGCAGCCUGCCCUUUGCCCUCAAGCUUUGGAGCAGCGGGCAGGCUGUUCCCUGAGAGAGGGAGGAAGAGGACUGAGAGGAAAAAAUGUGGCAUUAGCAAUGCUUUGGAUGGAAACGAAGAUGGCAUUUUACAUGAAGAUAGCGAAGAAAGUAAUGUCAGUGAUUGUGAGCAACUGAGCUUCAUAAAUUCUGAUUCUAGCAGUGAUGAGUUCUUGGGGUUCACAGAAGACUAGAAGAGUACUCAAACCUUAAAGUCUCUCUUCAUUUGUUAAUGACAGUGAUGAUGGUUCUUAAUGCCAUUGUUGACUGCUGUUCACUUUACAUGGCUGUAAUAUGAUUCUGAUAUACCGGUUUUUUAUUAAAUACAGUAGUUUAUACAACAUUUGAAUCAGAAUAUUUUCUUCUUGUUUCCCUCCUCUAAAAACUAUGUGCGCCCUAUGGUCGGGUGUGUCCUAUAGAGCGAAAAAUACGGUACAUAACAAGAAUACAAAGCUGAAAAUUAAUGAACUGCAGCUAAAAUAUUAAGUUCAUUUUCCACAUGCUCUAGUCCUUCCCCUGCCCACCCCCAUAAUAUUCUGAAGUGGGUCUAUUCUCCAGUCUUCAGAGAGUAGCUGGAAGUGAGGAGGCAGAAAAAGGUCCUCCUUUCCUUCCGCUCUGCAGUUUUAAACUGAAAUCUUAGGCACAGUACUGCACCCAGAGCUCAGAAACUGCUUGAAAUUCCUGGUCCCAAAAUGCGUCCAGAACAAUGGGAGUUUUGAACAGGGCUCCCGGCCCUUCCUGGAGAUGCCAGGGAUUGAACCUGGAAACUUCUGCAUGCCAGGCAGAUGUCCUACUCGCUGAGCUAUAGCCUCUUUCCUCAAUGAUGAUUGCAUUGCUACUCCUUCCAUACUGAACUUGAGAGGUUUAAUGUUGCUGCUUUUAAAGUAGCUGGCAAUGGGUUUGUUUGUUUCUUGUUUUCAAUCCUGAAUCUCUUUCCACCCAGGGGGAAUUCAAAGUUUCUGAAAAGGUUAUCACAAUGGCUGAGCUGAUCCAAGGCCUGGAAGAAAACAGAGUCAAGGAAAUGUUUGGCGCGGGGACGGCCUGUGUCGUUUGUCCCGUGAAUAAAAUCUUCUACCAGGGCAAGGUGAGAGUUAGGACACUGGCCUUUUCUGAACCGCCCGAAUUGUGAUUCAUGUUUCGUGACGAAUCUCUCCUCCUCUCUCAUGUCAGAAUUACCAUAUCCCCACCAUGGAAAACGGACCUGAGAUUGCAAAACGGUUUCUGAAGGAGCUGACAGAUAUUCAGGUAUAGCUCAGCAAAUUGGGGGGGGGGGGGGGACGGACAAGUUUUUUUUUUCUUCAUUUUAAGAAAACAGUUUGUAGGCGAAGGGCAGAGCCCUGGGUGCUUAUCCUGCCCGUGGUUCCCUGUUUGGCCACCAGGGGGCGUAGUGACCUUGUGGAGUAACCUGCGUUUGGUACCCACUGUUCAAGAGGAAUUUAAUAGGUUGAAUUAACCCGGAAGAUUGAAGUGUAAAGGGAUAAUUGUGCACAAUUGCACACAUUCCAGGAACAGUGGGGGCUGGCGGCAGAUUUCACCCGUCCUGAUCUGGAACGAUACGCGCUUUCCAUCGCUAGGGGAAACCACUUCCCCGCUUUUCCGCCAGUUCACCCCACAUAUUUGAUAAUUGCUUGAUGACUUUCAGCUGCAGGUGUGUGGACACACACAGCAAUUUUCCUUUUGUAGGGAUGUAAGAGCUUCCCCGAAUUUUUGAAGCUAUGUGUUGGGCGGGGGGAGUGGUUUGUUUCCAACCCCCAAACACACACCCCACCCCAUAAAUUUAAUAAUAAUUUUUAUUAAGUUUUCCAUUUUAACAAUCCAAUGAAAUCACAUUAAAUAUUCCCAAUUAUACAAAUACAUAUCAUAAAGUCCAAAUAUUUUGCCAAAUUAUAAAUUUUUGUUGGGGGUUCCCAUGCUUCAAGUUCAGUGGGGUCCAGUCAUCUCAUAUUUCUACUGUUUUGAAUGUCCACUAGUCCCUUCUUUAAAUCUUCUUGUUGUUUUCCUUCUUCUUUGCCACCCCAUAAAUUUAAGGGGAUGUGGGAAAACAGACUUUCUUUUGCUCCCUUACUGCAUUGUGGGGUUAGGCCCAUUUCUGCCUCUCCUGUCCUAAUCCCAGUGUCAGGCAGCUGCAAAGCCCAGAGCUAAGCAGGGAAGUGGCCGCAGCUCAGGGAUAGGCCCAGACUCAACCCCCAGCCACAUCUCCAGGAAAAGACUCCCGGGGAGCUGCUGCCAGUCAGUGUCAACAUUACUGGGCAUAACAUUGUCUGUGAAUUUGCGGGCAGGUGGCAUUUCCAGCCAUGCUAACUGACUACCGUAUUUUUCCAUGUAUAACAUGCCACCCGUGUAUAAGACACCCUGUAUUUUUGGGGACUCAAAAUCAAGAAAAUGCACUAUGCACUAUCCGUGUAGAACGGCCUCAGUCCUGUAUACCUGAGGGAGUGUCUCCACCCCCAUCGUUCAGCCUGAGGUCCACCUCCGAGGGCCCUCUGGCGGUUCCCUCAUUGCGAGAAGUGAGGUUACAGGGAACCAGGCAGAGGGCCUUCUCAGUAGUGGCGCCUGCCCUGUGGAACGCCCUCCCAGCAGAUGUGAUGGAAAUAAGCAGCUAUCUUAUCUUCAAAAGACAUCUGAAGGCAGCCCUGUUUAGGGAAGUUUUUAAUAUUUAAUGCUGUAUUGUUUUUAACACUUGAUUGGGAGCCGCCCAGAGUGGCUGAGGAAACUCAGCCAGAUGGGCGGGGUAUAAAUAAAUAAUAAUAAUUAGACAACCCCUUAUUUAAACAUCAAAAAUAUAGGAAAAAAUAUACACAGAAAAAUACGGUAUAUGUCCCCACCUUCCCUUAUUUAUUUAUUUAUCUAUCUAUCUCUCCCUCCCUCCCUGCAGUAUGGACGUGUCGCCAGUGACUGGGUCUACCCAGUCUGA